GCCACACUGCAAAAAAUCUAAGCAACUAUCAAAUGUAAACACGAAUACUUCAAUAAAUUUAAAAUAUGGCUAAGAACGUCAAGAAGCUGUCGUUAGCCAACAAAUUGGCCAAAAAGGGAGAUGUCAUCACGCCAACAAAAAUAAUAAUCAGACAGAAUUCUGCUCAUAAUGUAAUGGAUAUAGAGGAUCUUGUGCAGGCCUCGUCCUCAACAUCUUUAUACUUCUCCCCCGUUGCAUCUCGAAAGCAGCGAAACUUAAAUGGAGAGCCCCACAAGAUUAUAAAUAUCAAAUCCGAACCCAUAUCACCAACUCGAGUGCCGCCGAAAAUCAAAAAAGAGGAACCAUUGUCCAGAAUUGCAGUGGGUUCAGCUGUGGUGGUCAAGUGUAAAGUGAUUCCCGAUAUCGUGGACUCACCCAUAAGGAUUAAUCAAAUUAAAAAGGAGAAUGAUCCUCUCAUUAAACAGGAAAUCAUUCAGGAAAUGGUUGAAAAAAUUAAAAAGGAAAUGGAACCUCGAGUGGAACCACAAGUAAACCCUGAAGUGGAUGCACCUAAUCCACUGUGGAAUCAGCACCUGGUAAACAUUCGCACCAUGAGAAACUCCAUGACUGCUCCAGUGGACACCAUGGGAUGUCAUAAAUGUGCCGAUACAAAUGCCGAUGCAAAGACCCAACGUUUUCAAAACUUGGUGGCCCUAAUGCUUUCCAGCCAAACCAAGGAUCAAACUACAUUCGAGGCCAUGAUUCGCCUUAAAGAUCGAAACCUUUGCCCGCAAACCUUGAAGGAUAUGCCGGUGGAAGAUCUGGAGGGUCUACUGUAUCCCGUUUCCUUUUAUAAGAACAAAGCUAAAUACCUCAAGCAAACUGUGCAGAUACUCAUAGAUAAGUACGAUUCGGAUAUACCCGACAAUCCCAAGGAACUCAAAGCUCUUCCAGGAGUUGGGCCAAAGAUGGCACACAUAUGUAUGGCAGUGGCCUGGAACAAAGUCACAGGAAUCGGGGUGGAUGUCCACGUGCAUCGCUUGUCCAAUCGCUUGAAAUGGGUGGCAAGGCCCACCAAAGAACCGGAACAAACCAGAGUUGCUUUGGAAAAGUGGCUACCGCAUAGUCUUUGGUCGGAGGUUAAUCAUCUUUUCGUGGGAUUCGGACAGACUAUCUGUACUCCCGUGAAACCAAAUUGCAGGGAAUGUUUGAAUAAGGAUAUUUGUCCAUCUGCCAAUCUCGAAACCCAGCCCAAAAAAAAGAGUGAUAGAUAAAUCUAACAUAUACAUAUAUCUCUAAUAUAUAUAAUAUAUCUCUUACCAGUGCCAUUUAAAAUAAAAAUCGGUUCAGUUUCAAGAGUUAAUUAGUUGUAGGCCAACUCAAGAAAUAAAAGAGAUUAAAA